GAGGUAUUGGCAUAAAACGAGAAGAACGCAAAACCUUCCUUUCACUUUCGCGAACCCGCAGACAGCAGACAUCAAAGCAGUUCGCAACACGAAUAGACACUGAGCUCAGGACACCAUGGCGACCAACGGACGUAGACAGGUGGAUGAAGAUGACGACAUUAUUGAUGUGGACGAUUCUUCUCUUCAGACGAAUCAGGCCAACUAUGCUUGGGAGGAAGAGUACAAGCGCAGUUGGGAUGUUCUUCAGGAGGACGAGCAUGGCAGUUUGGCCGGUGUCGUAAACAGUCUGCAGCAGGCAGCAAAGCGCAAACGGCAACUGCGCGACACAGACCCUAUCCAACGCGGGAUCAUCCGACAUCUCUUUAUCGUCAUCGACCUUUCGAAUGCCAUGCAGGAAAAGGACCUCCGCCCUUCUCGGCUUUCGUUAACAUUCACAUACCUAGAGGCGUUCAUCGCCGAAUAUUUUGAUCAAAACCCCAUUUCGCAGAUCGGACUUAUCGGAACCAAGGAUGGGCUUGCAGAAAAGCUAUCAGAAUUGAGCGGAAACCCCACAGACCACAUCAGGGCGCUCAAGAUGAAGAAAUUCCAGGAGACAGGUGGCGAACCAUCUUUACAGAAUGCAUUGGAGCUGGCCCGCAGCUCUUUAAUCCAUGUCCCAGCACACGGUUCACGGGAGAUUCUUAUUAUCAUGGGCUCAUUAACAACGACAGAUCCAGGAAACAUCCAUGAUACGAUAUCACAGCUCAUGCAAGACAACAUUCGGGCAUCGGUCAUUGCACUUGCAGCAGAAGUUCAAGUACUGAAAUUCUUAUCCACCCAGACAAAAGGAACAUUCGGCGUCGCGAUGAACGAAGGACAUUACCGGGACUUAUUGUUCGAGGUGAUUCCUCCUACGGCGGUUACAACUACGAAGGCAUCAUCUAAUCUUGUGCAGAUGGGAUUCCCUGCGCGGUCGAACGAGAGUGCAUCAACUCUGUGUGCUUGUCAUGGGAAACUGACAUUAGGAGGAUACAUUUGUCCGAGAUGCAAUUCCAAACUGUGCGAUAUCCCGACAGAGUGCGAUAUCUGCACGCUGACCUUGGUGUCAAGCCCCUUGUUAGCGAGAAGUUAUCAUCAUCUCUUUCCAGUGGAGAACUUUAUCGAGAUUGCAUGGAAAGACGCUACAGCAACAACCGCGUGCUUCUCUUGCCAGAAAACGUUUCUCAGCCCAUACAAGAUCAGUCUCCAGCUUCAGGCAACAACGGAUGCAGGACGGUAUCAGUGCAAGCUGUGCGAAAAAACAUUUUGCGCAGAUUGUGAUGUCUUUAUUCACGAUGUACUGCACAACUGCCCUGGAUGCCUGAGUCAACCAAGGCGCAGGAACGGAAGCACACUCAAUGCUAACUCGCGCUCAUUACGGACACCCGUUAUUGCUGGAUAGACAGUAAGCGGGCAGUGUACAACGCCAGUAAUAAUAAUAAUAAUAAUAAUAAAAUGCAGAAGAUAAACC